AUGAGAGUGGCGGUCGACAAACUUUCUGCUGCUUUGUUAAGCGCUCGGCAUCUGAUCUCGUCCAUGGACGACUUUGAAGUUCCAAAGGCAGAAAAUGGCUCGAGCAUACCCUCCGUAAGGGCUCACUACACUACUGUAUAUUCGAAAUUUUCUCAUAAGAUUAUAGAGCUUAUUGAGGAUGCUAUGAAUAUUGGCAUUGAUCUUAGAAAUCAUGGAUCAUUUAAACAUUGUAAGGCGUUUUCGGAUAUACGCAUCCUUCACAACUCAUUAAUGAAUAAGCUACCAGGGGACGUUGCCCUCUAUGAGCCCGUUUUCAACGAGGAAGAUAUAAAGGAACUUGGCACUAUCGGUGUGGUUGCGUUCAGUGGAGAUAAAGUUAAGACGAUUCAGAAUGAGGACCAUUCACUGCUCACUAGGACGCUGGUAUUCAUGCCUCAUUGCGAUAUUGAGCUUCACCAGAAGGUACUAGCAGACAACUGGUCCAUUGAAGGGUUAAAAAGGAUGGUGCUUAUAGGCAACCCCUUGAACCAGUAUAGCGAACGUUCGGCGUGGUACACUCGCCCCUUGUCAGAGGCAAACUCCGAUGAUAGAGCCUUUGUUGCUUUGGCCGUCCAAUACUUCGACCAAUCCCAAGUGUCGCUUGAGCAACUCCUGGAACUGCAUGGGCAAGGGUUGUCGGCUAUGAAGGAGAGAGAAGCCACGAAUGGAAAAUAA